ACCAAAAUGCCAGUUCUUUCUCUCCUCUUCGCCCUCUCCGCGCUUCGUUUCUGCGAGGGCGCGGCCAACAACGGCCUGAGAGCGCUUCCUUGCCCAGACCCCGAGGACAUCUUUCCCUGCGUCUGCACCACAGGCUCUGAGAACCACAUGACCAUGGACUGCUCUGAUGUGGCUAGCGAGGACGAGUUGGCCCGCGUCUUCUCCUCCAGCCUUCCGUUCACAAAGUUCUUCCUUCUAAAGAUCGAAGGGAACCAGAAUCUGCGCGUCUUGAGGGAGGGGGAUCUCGGCCCAGCUUCUUUCUCGAUCAUCAAUAUAAACGGGGGAAUUCUUGAAGAAGUCCAAUACGGCGCCCUUGCUGGGAGCUACGCGACAGCUGAGGUCAUAGACCUGUCACGUAACGCGCUGUCGGCAUUGCCAUUCCACGAACUGCCUUUGUUUACUUCUCUUUCGACAGUAGAAGUGAACGGCAAUUUAAUAUCAGCCAUUCCCGUUUUACAGUCGGCCAGUCUAACGGGCCUUGAUUUGCGUGGGAACUUGAUAAACGAAUUUCCUGUCGAUUGCUUUAAAGAGCUUAUAAAUGUCAUGAAUAUAUUUGCGAGUGGUAAUAAUAUAGAAACGAUUUUUCCAGAAACCUUCGCAAAUCUUCCGCUCCUCAACUAUGUAGAUCUUUCCGAUAACACUCUAAGCAACAUCCCCAAAGGCGCAAUAGCAUUCAUCAGUACAGACAAAGGAUAUAUAAAUUUGAGGUCGAAUAUCAUCAGCAAUAUUGAAGUUAAUGCUAUUACAGGUCUCAAUGCGGGGACGCUGUAUCUUAAUGGAAACUCACUCUCGGUUUUGGAGGAGGACGUCUUUCGACCAAUUCUUGAAGGAGGAGCUACUGUCUACCUGAAUGAAAACCCUCUUCAAUGCGGCUGUGACGUGGCCUGGCUUGUCACGAACCCUGCCCUUCUGGCUCUCAUCCCAAAAGCCACUUGUUACAACGGCGAGUCCCUGGAGGAUUUAGAUCCAAGCAUUUUCGAAGACCUCUGCUAGCUGUACUCAGGUGGCAGACGGACUCCGGCAGCAUGGCCUUCUCUUCAUUCUUUUCGUUCAUUCUUUCGGUGCUCUUCUCUCUCUUCCUUUCUCUGAUUCAUUUGUCUUUCUCUUUAUCAUCUUCUCUAACUUUCCCUCUAUGUCUUUAUCAUUUUAGACACGAAUUGGAAGGAAAAAAUGUUUUCGUUGUUGGAUAUUAAAAUGGUGACGGUU